AUGGCGGCCGCGUCGGAGGAGCGAAUGGUUGAGGAAGGAGGCGGCGGCCACGGCGACGGCGGCUCCUGUUCGACCGCCGGCUCUGCCCAGCGACAGCCCUCUGUGCCCCCGCCCCAGCCUUCGCACCCAGGCUCCCAGGCACCCCCAACCCCGGUACUUGCUCCCGACCAGCUGCCUCAAAACAACACGCUGGUGGCGUUGCCCAUCGUAGCCAUCGAGAACAUCCUCAGCUUUAUGUCCUACGACGAAAUCAGCCAGCUCCGCUUGGUUUGUAAAAGAAUGGACUUAGUUUGCCAGAGAAUGUUAAAUCAAGGAUUUCUGAAAGUGGAGAGGUACCAUAAUCUGUGUCAGAAACAAGUUAAAGCACAACUCCCAAGGCGAGAGUCAGAAAGGAGAAACCAUUCAUUAGCUCGUCAUGCAGACAUCCUUGCUGCUGUUGAAACAAGGCUAUCACUGUUAAAUAUGACUUUCAUGAAGUAUGUGGAUUCCAAUCUCUGUUGCUUCAUCCCAGGAAAGGUGAUUGAUGAAAUUUACCGUGUACUGAGAUAUGUCAAUUCUACCAGAGCCCCUCAGCGAGCUCAUGAAGUACUUCAAGAGUUAAGGGACAUUUCAUCAAUGGCAAUGGAGUACUUUGAUGAGAAGAUUGUUCCCAUUCUAAAGAGAAAAUUACCAGGAUCAGACGUGUCCGGAAGACUCAUGGGUUCUCCCCCAGUCCCAGGACCUUCUGCCGCCCUAACAACAAUGCAGCUGUUCUCCAAGCAAAAUCCUUCAAGACAAGAGGUCACCAAGCUCCAGCAGCAGGGCUCAGAUACACUGGCUGAGACAGAAACCCAAAUUCCAAGGCUCUUUGUUUUGAUACUAGACCUCAGAUGA